AGAAUUUUGUUUGCUACAACCAAUUCAUGCUUCAUAGGAGUUACAAUUAAAACACCAUACCUUAAGGUCCAGAUUCAAAGUUCAUUCAAGAUGAGUAGUUGCAGGAUUGCUGGAGUCAAAUUCGAGUGCUUGCUUUUCGAUAUGGAUGACACUCUAUAUCCAUUGAGCUUAGGGAUCAAUUUGGCAUGUCGCAAGAAUAUUAUAGAUUAUAUGUUAGAACACUUGCAUAUUGAAGAAAGUAAAGUAUCAAAGAUGUGUCUGGAUUUGUAUCUCGAACAUGGAACAACUAUGGCAGGAAUGAAGGCCCUCGGCUACGAGUUUGACAACGAUGAGUUUCAUGCUUACGUGCACGGGAGAUUACCAUACGAGAAACUAAAGCAAGAUUUAGUGUUAAGGAACCUUCUUCUUUCCAUGCCUCAGCGUAAAAUAAUAUUCACCAACGCAGAUCACGCGCAUGCGAUUGAAGUUCUCAGCAGGCUUGGCUUGGAAGACUGCUUUGAGGGCAUCAUAUGCUUUGAAACGCUUAAUCCUCUCAAUUCUUGCCGACAAAUCCUCUGCAAACCUUCUGUUGAAGCCUUUGAGGCUGCUAUUAGAAUCGCGAAAGUGGAUCCAAAGAAAACGAUUUUCUUUGAUGACAGUGUUAGAAAUGUUGCAAGUGGAAAAGUAGCUGGAUUUCACACUGUGAUUGUCGGUCGUUCAGAUUUAGUGCCCGGUGCAGACCAUGCUCUCAACAGCAUUCAUAAUAUCAGAGAAGCGUUACCUGAAAUAUGGGAGGUUGAAGAAGGCAACCAACAGCAAAUAAUCCAAUCACUUGCAGUCGAAGCUACAGUCCAUGCAUAGGUUUCGCUUCGAUAGGAUAUUUUAGUAAGCUUAUCAGGCAAAUCAAGAAUUUUGUCUAUCUAAAUUACAAUAAUGUUGCAACUGUCUCCACAGCACAGUGGUGCUUAAAUGUAUGAAUCUUGCAAAUGGCAUCACAAAACGGAUGCGAGACUAUAAAACGCAAAGUUCUGAGCAUAAAUUUAUUAUAGAAAACGACAAUUACUGUUCAAGGAUUUUGGUACAAAUCUAGUAUUACAAAAUUAUUCACCAAAUGCCCUUUCAGUAACAUAAAAUUUUAACUGCGGCAGAGAGCAAUGACAAUUCAAAAACAUGAACUGAACAACUCCCUCGCCCAAACACCCUCCAAAACUGAAUUGCACUCGACAGUCAGAAGAAUGUGCAGCACUUUGGAGUAAAGAUCAACCAUCUAGAGGCAGUUCUCCAGACUUGGCAAUUUUGCACUGUUUCUUGGGACUAUUGUCUAGCUUGCUUGUCUCCUGUGAUUCGAGUUUCUUCACAAUAUCCAGUCCUUCAAUGACAUGUCCAAACACAACAUGGCGGUUGUCUAACCAUGGAGUCUACAUCAUGAAAAU